AUUUUCUAAUGAGUACAAAAACCCAUUAAAGAAUUCUCACCUUCAUAAAAAAAUAUAAAGACGAGUAUAUGCAUCAUAUUUAAAUAUAGAUUGAGCUCUUCUACUGGAAUUGAUGAAUUUGCUGAUUUAUUAAAUGACUGCUUUGAUUUAUUCAAUCAAGAUUAAUCAAGAAGAGAAAAGGUUAAUAUAAUGUUGGAAAGUCUUGUUUUAGAUGAUGAUAGUAAGCUUGUAGAAGGAGGUAAAAUAAUAAAUUAAAAGAAGAUUUACAAAAAUAUGUGGAGAGAUUAAUUGAUUUCGUUGAAGGACCAAGUGAUGAUCCAUUAGAAAAAAACAAUCUUAAGUAAAGAAGUUCAUCAGGUAGUUCAGAUGAGGAAGAUAAUAGAGGUCAUAAUAAAUAAUAAAAUAAACAUAAAAGAGAUAGAAGCAGAGACAGGGAAAAAAAUAAAAAAUCAAAAAAAAAUUAAAAAAACACAAACCUUAUUUCAGAAUUAUCAAAAGUAUUUGGAAAAGAAAUUAAUAUUAAGGAUUUACUAUCAUCUCUAACAAAUAAUAAUAAUAGAAAAUAAUAGCACAAUAAUAAUAAUAAAAAUGUUGUAUUCUUAUAAAAUGUUCCAAGAGAAAUGAGAUCUUAUUCUGAAAUUGAAUCUUUACUUUAAGGAAGAGGAGAAUUAGUUAAAAUUCAACUAUUAGGAAGGUAAUUUAUAAAUUUAGUUUAGAGUACCUUCAGUUCAAUUUAAAAAUCAUAAUGAUGCAUAAGCUUUAAUUGAUAAAUUUAUUGUCCAUAAAGGAGUUAAAAUUGAAUUUACAUCAAGUUUAAAUAAAGUAAAUUGUUUGAAUAUCAUAAAGUAGCAAUAACAUUAAGAAGAUCAUAAAAAUAAUAAGAUUAUUAUAUUAGAUAAAGAAGGAAAAAAGGUAUCUAAUCAAACUAGUUAACCAGCUGCCCCUCUAUAAUAAUCUUAGCAAUAAUAAUAAUAAGUGUCACAAAAGCCAGAUUCAAAAAUGGAAGAGGAAACAGACUAAAAAAAAACCAAAGAAGAGUAAGAAUUAAACACACAAAUUGAAUAAAUUAAAGGAUAGGCCAAAACAUUAAUUGUUGAUAAAUUAAGAUUAGCUUUAUUACUGAUUAAAAGGAAAGAUAAUUAUCCUCCUUAAUUAAGUGUUGAAAUAGAUGAAUUAAAAAAGUAAAUAAUCAAAUUAAAUAUUAGAUUACUAACUUAGAAAAAAGAAGAAAUUUAAAAAAUGAACUCAUUGGAAUAACUCAAAGCAGAAUUAUAAUGGCUAAAUGAGAAUUAUGAUUUCACUCUAUUAAUUACUUAGAUUCCAGAAUAAUUAUUUAAAGACAAAACUGUUACCAAAGUCCUCAAUGAAGAAUUUUAAGUAAGCAUUCAAAUUUAUUCUAAGAAAUACGGAAAAAUUGAUAACUUGCAAAUAAAAAUAAAAGACAAAGCCGCCCAUCUUAAAUUCUUUAGUUUUGAUUCAGCAGAAAAAGUAAAUAAAAUUUAAUAUAUAGGCUUAUUAUCAAGCAAAUGAAAAUUCAAAUUUAAAGGUAGAGUUUUUAAAUUAAGGUAUUAAAAAGGUAUUAAUUGCUUAAAGUUGA